AUUUUGUGUUGGAUCUUCCUUCUUUGCCUUUGGACAAAAACCUCUGGUAAACUCAUCCUCAGGGAUUGUCAGAUUUCUACUUCUUCUCCCAACCAAGAUGUGGGAGAGUGAUGCGUCUGCACGAAGAAAAGGACAACGUGGAGACCUGGGAAAGUGGGACCAUAGCAUGCAAUAUGGGUCGACAGAGGUGCCCACUUUGAUGACUCGUUGCGCUACUGCCUUUGAUCUCCACUAUAGAAAAUGCUCUGCUCCAUCUCAGAAGGGAUUGCCGUGUGCCCCAUUAGCUGGCCUUUGGAUCAAACCAGCAACAGACCUCACAGCUAGAAUUCCACCGUUGGCCAUUCACAAAGAGAUAAAUUGCACUAGGAACUCAGCCAUGAAGAAGUGAAACAAGAUGUUCACUUCCAAGGAGGAAACAUUCUGGCCUGGAGAAGCGACGUUCCAAAAUGCCAGUCUAGCUUGUGGAUUUCAAGGAAGAGUUUCCAAUCAGAUAUGUGGUAUCAUUCAUCCUCUCUCCACCCUCCUUAAAAGAAAGACCCUGACUGCAGCAACACCUACACGGGGAAAGGAGGACCAGCUCCGUUUUAUGGGUUUGAAGUGAAAACUCACAAAUAGCAGCACCCCUAGAACAGUCGCCGCCCCAGAAGUCACCCGGAUGCCCAAAGGGCAUUAGAAAGCAUGAGCUAUUACGGCAGCAGCUACCCGAUCGUGAACGUGGACCCCAAAUACCCAGGCUACCCCCAGGAGCACGUUCUAGCCGAGAAGCGAAGAGCAAGGAGACGUCUCCUCCAUAAAGACGGCAGCUGUAACGUGUACUUCAAGCACAUUUUUGGAGAAUGGGGCAGCUACGUGGUGGACAUCUUCACCACCCUCGUAGACACCAAGUGGCGCCAUAUGUUUGUGAUAUUCUCUUUAUCUUACAUUCUCUCCUGGUUGAUAUUUGGCUCUAUCUUUUGGCUGAUAGCCUUUCAUCACGGAGAUCUGUUGAGUGAUCCCGACAUCACGCCUUGUGUGGACAACGUCCAUUCCUUCACGGGGGCGUUUUUAUUCUCCCUGGAGACCCAAACCACCAUCGGUUAUGGUUACCGCUGUGUCACCGAGGAAUGUUCUGUGGCCGUGCUCAUGGUGAUCCUUCAGUCCAUCUUAAGCUGCAUUAUAAAUACCUUCAUCAUUGGGGCUGCCUUGGCCAAAAUGGCAACCGCCAGGAAGAGAGCCCAGACCAUUCGGUUCAGCUACUUUGCCCUCAUCGGCAUGAGAGAUGGGAAACUUUGCCUCAUGUGGCGCAUCGGUGAAUUUCGCCCCAACCACGUGGUAGAAGGCACGGUCAGGGCCCAGCUUCUCCGCUACACAGAAGACAGCGAAGGGCGGAUGACGAUGGCAUUUAAGGACCUAAAGUUAGUCAAUGACCAGAUCAUCCUUGUCACCCCAGUAACGAUCGUUCAUGAAAUCGACCAUGAGAGCCCCCUGUAUGCCCUUGACCGGAAAGACGUGGCCAAAGAUAACUUCGAGAUUUUGGUGACGUUUAUCUAUACUGGCGACUCUACCGGGACUUCUCACCAAUCCAGGAGUUCCUACGUUCCCCGAGAAAUUCUCUGGGGCCAUAGGUUUAAUGAUGUCUUGGAAGUGAAGAGAAAGUACUACAAAGUGAACUGCUUACAGUUUGAGGGAAGCGUGGAAGUCUAUGCGCCCUUUUGCAGCGCCAAGCAACUGGACUGGAAAGACCAACAGACCCACCACGUGGGGAAAGGCCCGCCCGCCCGAGGACCCCGCGCAUCUGACACCAAGGUCAGAAGAAGGUCACUUAGCGCCACUGCCAUCGUCAGCAGCUGUGAAAACCCAGAGGAGACCGCCGCCUCCACCACGGAUGAGUGUAAGGAAGUACCUUACCAGAAAGCUCUCCUGACUUUAAAUAGAAUCUCUGUAGAAUCCCAAAUGUAGUCCUGAGUUGUAAGCACGAGGGCUACCAGUCAAUCGUUUUUUACCGCCUAGCCAAUCGCCUUAAGGCAAGUAGUCAUAAACAGAGCUUUUAAAGAAGGUGAUAGCUGUCUUUGAUGGUGAAGGAAGAUAAAUAGAGCAGGUUAAACUUGAUAAAAGGUAUCUAAACAUGACAUCGUAUCCAACUGUUUAACUUUUUUUUUUGGCUAGCAAAUUUUUUGUUAGGGGAUGCUAUUAAGAGGCCUAAUGGAUUAAUUUACAUUUCAUCUCCUUUUGUUAUUCCGUAUACUUGUAUAGUCAGGUGGAGGUAUAAUAUUCAAUAAUGGGGAACACAGGACACUGGGAUAAUAGAAAGUAGAAAGGAAAAUAGCAUGAAUAAUAAAAAUUUUAAAUGGAUCCAAAUUGAGAGUAUAAUGAGUUACCUAUAAAGACAUGAUAUCAUAUAAUCAAGAUGCGCAGGGAAUGCGUUCGGCAGAUUGUAACAUUGAGCUGUUAAACUGUGAGAUCAGUCCCUGUGUUUGGUCCCCAGAGUGUCUCGGUAUCAGCUGGCAGAGGCAGUGGCCGUAGGAAGUAACAAUGCCGCCGGUUCUGACGGUGAAUCCCCUGCCAUUUGCCAGGUAACGAUCAAGCAGUGCUAGAAGCUACUUUUUCUCUCAUCCGUGAGGCAGAAGAAAAGUUGGCAUUAUUACUCAGAGAGGUAUUUCUCUCUUAAAUGCUCUGUUUGACUCCAACAAAUGGCUCUGUGUGGAGGAGCAGAAAUAAGGCAAACCGGAGCUUUGUAAGGUGGGUGACAAGGGGACCGCUUCUGUCCACCUCCCCACACCUUCUUUGAGGACAAAGGAUCGGGAUUCUGGAGAUGGGGUGAGGGAACGGAGAGCCAUAAACAUCCUCAGACUCUUUGAGAGAAAGCGUGUUCCUGGGUCCUGGAAGACUGGAGCUCUGGCUACACAAAGGAUGGAACCCCUUUUUUUUUUUUUUUGGCAGUUGCGGUGGGGUUAGGAGGUGGGGAGGCUGAGAGGGGGAAAGUAUUUAUUUGUGCCUAGAAGCAAUUAUGUAUGUUUCCUGUCUUGGUCACUUUAGAAAACACAAAUAACUUGAAUUGUGAAUUUUAAGAAACGCUUCCGUUGAACUUGGAACAAUCAUUUAAAUGCAGGAUUUUGUGACUAUAAUUAAGGUGAUUUUAAUGCACAUUAUGAAGUGGAUCAGCUAAGUGCUUUAGAAUUGCUUAAAUUGGAGGACAGGAGAUAAAUGUGUAUACUCUAUUUCCACGUUAAAAGAUGUUAAUUAUGAUUAAACACAAAUCCAAUCAUCUACGAGUGAAUAGUCACUCACUCUAAGCUUUAUCAGUUGAAGACUUAUCAGCUAUAUUCCGAAUUAUCUGUGUUAUUUUUUACAUUGUUGCUGAGCUGGUAAUAAGUAUAUGCCACAGCUUUUUAUUUGUUUAUUUUAUUUAAAUAUAUAUAUGCACACACAUAGUUUUUGCUUUUUUCUGGAAAAUCUCUCUCUCUCUCUCCCCAUUUAAAUUAAAGCACACAAGUAGAUUUUACUGAAUCCCACAGUCCCAAGAUUACCAAUAGAAGUAAAAUGUAUAGGUCUAUAAAGUUUUUCUUUUGUUUUCCUUCUUUUUUCUCCUUUUUCCUUCUUCCCUCCCUGCUUUCCUUCUUUCCUUUUCCUCCUCCUUUCUUUUGCCUGUGAGCAAUAAAGUUAUUUUAUGAUGCACAAGUGCAAAGCUUGUAUUCCUGUUGUUGUAUGGAUAAGAGAUCUGUUCAGGUCACAGGUUGCAAAAUUGUCCUGAAACUUAACAUCAGAGUGCUAAAUAAUGCAUUUCUUUUUUCCAGUCUUGUUUCAGGAAUGCAAAACCCAUGUUUUUUAAAUUGCACAUGCCCUGUAGAUUUGGAUUUUGGAGCAGCAAUUACUCAGCUAAAUUAGAAUAUUACAGUCUACCAAGUAGAAAACAGCCAACACUACAACAAACAAACUUGCCCCCUUUCCCCCUUUUUUGGCAUGUUUCACACCCAUCUAGUUUCAUUCACUUUCCUUCCUGGACUCUGCUUGUUCACGAUCUUGCUUUGUUAGUAUCAGGAUAGAGGUGUCAAUGUCCAAUAAAUACACUCUGUCGGGCUACGUGCCUCUUCCAUCAAAUUCUCUUACCCAGAAUAGAAUGUACAAUCAGCAACCCCAUGUAAUAUUUAUCUCCCAUUUUCUGUUUAGAUUGAUAACACACUUUGACACCCCAAUGAGUUACUUAAUAAUAAAGAUCUUAAAAUUGUGCAAAAAAGUGUGUGCCUAUGCUAGUGGAAAUUCUGUGGGUGUGGUCAGCAGGGGGGACAGAGCACCAAAACUGAGAUUGCUGUUUCAUAGAGUUAGGAUGUGGGCAGAAUUAGAAACCCUUUUUCAUUCGUUUCUAACAGCUUGCAGAGCAGCUCUAUUCAAAUGAAUAAUUAAGUGCUCCUGUAAGCAUUGCUAGAAACCUCCCUGCAAAAUAGCAUUUCUAGUUGGAAGUGCUCUGUCAAUGAUGAGAAUAUUUUUUCUUCUGGCAUUCAUCUCCCCCUAAAAAAGACAUUAUUCAGUAGACCUAAUUAGAAAAUACAUCGUAGCAUCAAGGCACUGCUCCACUGUGUUUUAUAGCCUGGGAGGAGGGAACACAGGAAGAGAGAAGGAAAGGCUAUUUUCACGGACCACCAGCUCGUCAGGUACCCUUAGGUGCUUUGCACAGAUACACUUAAUCCCCACACGGAAAACAAAGGGGUGGAUAUUUUUAAUUUCCACGUCAUCAAAUAUCUCAUUCUUAACUUUAUCCUGACUGACACAUUCCCAACUGGGAUAAUAAAGUGCCCAGCUUAAAAAAAAAAAAUUCCAACCGUGUUUCCCAGUCUCUCUUGCAGCCGAGGGUGGGGUGGAGGGCAUGCUUCUGUGACGUAGUUCUGGCCCACGAGAUGCCAGCAGAACUCUCUGGAUGUGACUUUUAGGAAAGCUCUUCAGCUGAGGCUGACUUAGCUAUCAGAGGCCCUCUUACCUUCAUGCAUUCAUCCUGCUUCUCGCCUGGACCUCGAACUUGGUAGCUGAUGCUCCUGCAGCCCUUCUCUUGAGAGUGAGAAUCAGGGAUGCUCCUUACAAGGGAAACUGGACAAGUAAGAAAGAGUGCAAGCCUAGAUCGCACAUCUCCAGACUUCUGCAGGGGUGGCAAUAAAUACGAUUCCAAACUGACAGAGUGAGCCGUAGAUCUAGAGGGAAUUAACCAGGAAGCAAAGGCUGGGAAGGAAAAAAAGGAUGUACAAGUUAUGUCCAACCUGAACUUGUAGAUGCCAUUUCACAGAGCAGGUCUCUGUGGAAACCACAUAUUUUCUGGGAGAGUUGAGGAAAUACCGCUAUGAUUGUAAAACAAAUACAAAAAGAAUUACUUUAGCCUGGAAAUCCCUCUGAGACAGUGAGGGGCUGAGUGACCUUGAUAAGAUAAUGGGUCAGGCCUGCUGUCGGGCUGCCCUUCAUCUUUUUCCAUCCCUCCUGCAGAAUUACAUUCUGUGUUUUAAUGGGACUUUCACUAGGGCUGGUGACCUGAAAUCUCUGGAGACUCAGGCCACCAAGCACUGUGCAGCUUGGGCAGAAAAGCAGGACUCAACCGAGGCUGUGUUUAAGAACCCCCGGCGAGAUCAGACUGCAUGAAUUCAUCCACAGGGAUUCUGAAUAUAUAAUAUACCGAGGAACCCAGACCCUGACUUUAAAUAUUUGUGUUUCAUUCCGUCUGAGUUGGCCAGGAUAUGUGAAGUAGAUUCUCUGGACCACUCUCCUUUAAAUGAUUGGGCACUCAUUCUACUCUGUUUAAAAUAUUCUAUUAGUUGCAUCCGUUAUAAGCAUUGAGUCUUCUGUUCUGAAUAUUCUGCAAGGCACUAUAAGCCCCUGAGUUAAUUUUUUUAAGGUAAGCUUCACCUUUGGACUUCUAGAAACAUCCUUUACACCCUUGGCACUCUCUAAAUCACAAAGCCCUGCCCCACUUCUAAAUUUGCUGCGGCCAAUCUCUCACUCUCUAACUUUCACUUUUAAAAGAGCACUAUGACCCGUGCUCUGGAGGAAAAAUCUUGUGGCACCACACACAGAACGCAGGGAGAAUAACACAGACAGACAAAGCAGCAGGGAGGCACUUGGCAAAUUCUCUGCGAAGGCUGUCUUGGGUGGGAGAGCUUUAAAAAUGAAAGCUAGUAACUGAGACGCAGUUUGGAGCCACGUGUGGGCAGAGAGCAAGCAAGGCCUCCUACAGGGACGUUUUCCUGAAGAGGCAAAAUCCUUGUGUUGCCUGGACACCGUGAUUCCUCCGCGUUGCUUUGGAGCUUUUCUUCAGUAAGGAAAACCUUACGUCCAAGUGAAUUCCCAAGUUCCUCUUUCACGGCUCUUGGUUUACUAAAGCAACUUCACACAAGCCUCUGACGGCCGUGUGGUUGGGUCAUGAGAUUUGGCCAGGGGCAGGCAGCGUCUUGCUUCAUCAGGUCACCCCGUGCUCCUUGCCUCGGGAAAUAUCCAGGCCUGUGGUUUGGGAUCUUUUGUGCAGAGUUUGGAGACUUAGGUCAACAUGGCUGAAUGUUUCAAAGUUCAGUAGACUCAGCUGCUGAGCACCUAGCAGGGAACGUUUAAAAUUAAAUAAACUCUUGCCUUUUGC